CAGUUGAAAAUUUGGUAAACUUUAAGCUGUUUUUUUCUCUUUGAGUAAAGACUAUGAUGGCUUCUUGACGAGACUCAUUUUCUCGGGUCCUCAGGUAUUUCUUUUUGUUAGUUAUCACGAUUAAUAAGUGAUAUUGAACAAAAGAAAACAAUCAAACUAUUUACUUGAUCUAAAUAGUUGAUUGUCAAUCGGUUUUCUCAAAGAGCCACAAGUCUUUAGCCGAAAACAAAAAGCUCAGCUUAAAGUUGCAAAAAUUUUAGCUGACGGACACUUGAUAACAGUUGAAGCUGUGCCUUAAAAGUUUUAACUCCUUUUUUUCUCAUUUCUUGAUUAACCUUUAUCAUCUUUAUUAUUUAUCUUUCUCUUUCUCUCUCGUCAAGUAACAAAGUAAGAAUCGUCAGUAUUACCUCAAUCUCUCUUUCUCAAUCUCAAUCUCUAUCCAUCUAUCUUUCAUUUUUCUCUUUCUUUCUUUGUCUCUUUGUCUCUGAUUCCAUCUUGACAAUCUUUACCUUUUCUUGAGUUAGAACAAAAAUCAACAACAAUGUUUGCAAAUUGUAAUAGUGAAAUUUUUCUAUAACAAAGUUACUUAUUUGUCCAUGGAUAACCCAAACCAGGCCGAUCAACCUCCACCACCUCCACCGCGACACUCAUCAAAAAUAACCCCUCCGCCAUUACCACCAAAAUCAAAUUGUUGGGUCAAUUCAAUUUCCACCGUUCCAGCCAGUGUUAAGUGUAAAGGUGCUUUUGGUAAUAAUAAUCGUCGUCAUCACUCAGCAUCAGCCUUAUCGACAAUAACAACAACAACAACAACAACAACAAAAUCACCAAUAACACCAACAACAGUAGCAGUAACAUCAACCACAACAACAACCAACAACAACAACCAUUCAACUUUAACACCAACAUCCAAUGGAUUAAGAAAAGAUGAUCUUAAGGCCAUUCAAAAAAGAGCCGUUCUUGAGUUUUAUCUUAAAAAGAAGCAGCAACAACAUAAACACUCAGCACCAACGACCCCAACAACCCCAACAACACCACCAACGACAACAACAACUAAUUCACCAACACCAACAACAACAUCAACUACAACAACAACUACAACAACAUGUACACCUCAACAUCCUAAAAAUCAUAAAAUUGAAAAAUCAUCAUCAUGCAACAUUUUUCAUCUUUCAAAUUUUUCCCUGUUUACUGGAUUUGGUUCAGCGGCCUCUUCAGAUGGUUACAGUAGUGGCUCACUGUCACCAACCUCAUCUCCAUCAUCUCUUGAUAUUUUAUUGAUUGACUCAACUUCUGCCUCUUUAUAUCAUCAUCGACAACAACAACAACAACAACGCCAACCACUCACUGCAAACUCAAAUAAUAAUAAUACUACUACUGAUACUCGAGCAGUUUGUGGUCAUUCUCGUGUCACUUCUGCUCCAUCUCUACCUACACCUCCAUCUCCUCCUUCUCCAUCAUCUCCAUCUUUAACUUCUCCUCGUCUUUCCAUUUCAAAUACUACCAUUUCUCCUCAUGAAAUUAUUCCAAAGUUAUCUUCUGAACACCUAAACUGCCUUCGAGUUGACCAUCGCCAAAUAACAAAUGAUAUACUUUCCAAUAAUAAAUUGGGCUUAGAACUGGUCAAAAAGUUAACUCACCUUGGGAUUACCUGUCCUGAAUCAGAAAAGAUUGCAAUUCAUUUGGAAGAGAUUGAAAAGGUCACUCGACUUUUAUUAUCAUUGUCAAGUCGCUUAAAAUCAAUUGAAUCAACUAUUCACAAUUAUUAUAAUAAUAAUAAAUCAAAUCACAAGGCUCUCACAACAACAACAACAACAGCAACAAAUCAAUCUACUUCAAUAAUGGGUGGCGGAGGUACAGUGGGUAAUAACAUCACUUUUACUUCCGCUUCAAAUAAUAAUCAUAAUGAUAAUAAUAAUAAUAACAAUAAUAAUGGUUGUGAAGACAUUGUCAGUUCCUCAUCAUCACUGGUUAACAAAAAUUCAACAUCUUCUUCAUCAUCUGGAUGUCUUGAAACUUCAAAUGAUAAUAACAAUCAUGAUAAUAAUAACCAUCACCUAUUAUCAUCAUCACCACCAAUAACAACAACAACAACAACAUCAUCUUCAUCAUCAUCAUCAACAACAACUACAACCACAUUAAUAGCCUUUCCAAAUUCAGCCUCUGCCUUGAUGGACAACAAAGAUAAUACAUGCAACAAUCAACAUCAUCACCAAGCUCACCUUUCUCAUCCGCAUCCCGAAUUGGAAUCACUUUUAUUGAAACGAAAUAAAUUACUUGGACAAUUAGAGGAAGCAUUUGAAUUGAAGCAAUCAAUUAAUAGGACAAGUCAAACAAUUUUGGAUAAGAUAAUAAUUAAAUAUUUCAAGGAUUCCAAUGAAGAUAUUGACUCUUUCACUAGGUUCAUACAAUUAAAGGCUAAAUUGAUUGUUGAGGAGAAAGAGUUGAUUGACAAGAUAGAGGAGAGACAAUUAUUUAAUUUAACCAAUGCCACCACCACUUAACAGCAAAUUUUUUUUAACAACAAUUAAGCAACAACAAUUACAAGGAAACCAUUUUCAUUUUAUGUUUUUCCUUCAUUCUUGCUACCAUUAAGAUUAUUAUUUAUAUUCAACGUCUCUCUCUCUCUCUCACUCUCUUUCCUCCCACUUUUAUCCCAUCUUUAUCUUCAUCUUCUUUCUCAUCAUCAUCUUCAUCAUCAACACCAUCACCUCAGCCAACAUCAACAAUAUCAUGCUCACAUCAUCGUCUUCAUCAUCAUCUGCAUCUUCAUUUUUUUCAUCCUGAAUUGAAAUACAGACGCACAUACAUGUAACUGUAUCAACAAAGAUUGAAAUGAACAUUAUCAGCUGAGAAUCAAAUUUGACUGCUGAAUCAAAAAAAGAAGCAAAAAAAAGGUUAGUUGAUUUAGACUAAACUUUUAAAAUUUGCUUUAAAUUGAUUAAUGUUAAAUGUGAAUUGUGAACAAUUUAAAUUGAUAAUAAUACAAAUGAAAAAAAAAGUUCAUACAGAAAA